AAGCCCCGUGCGCGGAGUGAUUCGCCCGGGUCGGGUUACAAGAUGGCGGCCGUUGUGCAGGCUUGAAGGGAGAGGGAGGAAGGCCGGACCUGCCCAGCUUCCACAAACUACAGCAAUCUAAUCUUCUUUCCCUAUCGCCUUCCAAUAUUUAUUUGCAAAACAAUGCCGCACGACUGUGUAGUGGCGUUUUCCGCCACUGGAAGAUCACGCCGGUGACGGUUCAUUUUUUUUGGUGUGUGGGGGGGGGGGGGGGGGGGGGGAGGAGGAAGGAGGUGAGAAAAAACCAAGAAGAGAAAGAUCUUAGCCCCCCGUAAAAAAGACACACACGCACGGAACAAGGAGCGAGAUAUCAGCGGAGAGAAGGAAGCAUGUCGGAUACACGGAGACGGGUGAAGGUGUAUACGCUGAACGAAGAGCGGCAAUGGGACGACCGGGGUACGGGGCAUGUGUCCUCGACCUAUGUCGACCGUCUGAGUGCAAUGUCCUUGUUGGUCCGGGCCGAGUCCGACGGUUCGCUCCUGUUAGAAUCGAAAAUCAAUCCAAAUACCGCGUACCAGAAGCAGCAGGAUACUUUGAUUGUCUGGUCUGAAGCAGACAAUUACGACUUGGCACUCAGUUUCCAAGAAAAAGCUGGAUGUGAUGAAAUCUGGGAGAAAAUUUGUCAGGUUCAGGGACGAGAUCCAUCACUUGAUAUAACUCAGGACAUUAUUGAUGAGUCUGAAGAAGAGCGAUUUGAAGAAAUGCCUGAAACUUCUCACACAGUUGAUCUUCCACCAUGUGAACUAAACAAAUUGGAAGAGAUUGCUGACUUGGUGACCUCUGUUCUCUCCUCUCCUAUCCGCAGAGAAAAGUUAGCACUAGCUUUGGAAAAUGAAGGCUACAUUAAAAAGCUGUUGCAGUUAUUCCGAGUUUGUGAAGACCUUGACAAUACAGAAGGUUUACAUCACUUAUAUGAAAUUAUCAGAGGCAUUUUGUUCCUCAAUAAAGCAGCACUGUUUGAGGGGAUGUUUUCAGAUGAGUCCAUUAUGGAUGUAGUCGGGUGUUUGGAGUAUGAUCCUUCUUUACCUCAUCCGAGGAAGCAUCGUGAAUUUUUGACCAAAACUGUCAAAUUUAAAGAGGUCAUACCCAUUACAGACACCGAGUUGAAGCAAAAAAUUCAUCAGACAUACAGGGUACAGUAUAUCCAGGAUAUCAUUUUACCUACUCCAUCUGUAUUUGAGGAGAACUUUCUAUCUACACUUACAUCAUUUAUAUUCUUCAACAAAGUGGAGAUUGUUAGUAUGUUACAGGAAGACGAAAAAUUUUUGACUGAACUUUUUGCACAAUUAACUGAUGAAGCAACAGAUGAUCAUAAGAGGCAUGAAUUAGUGAACUUCUUAAAGGAAUUCUGUGCAUUCUCUCAAACAUUACAACCUCAGAAUCGGGAUGCAUUUUUCAAGACGCUAGCAAACUUAGGGAUUCUUCCUGCCCUUGAAAUAGUUCUGGGUAUGGAUGAUGUACAGGUGCGAACUGCUGCUACCGACAUAUUUUCUUAUCUGGUAGAAUAUAGUCCAUCAAUGGUGCGUGAGUUUGUAAUGCAGGAAGCUCAACAGAGUGACGAUGACAUUCUGCUAAUUAAUGUAAUCAUCGAACAGAUGAUUUGUGAUGCUGACCCGGAACUUGGUGGGGCUGUUCAAUUAAUGGGGUUAUUAAGAACUUUAAUUGACCCUGAAAAUAUGUUAGCCACAGCAAAUAAAACCGAAAAAACAGAGUUCCUCAGCUUUUUCUACAAACAUUGUAUGCAUGUUCUCAGUGCUCCUUUGCUGGCUAAUACAGAUGAAAAAUGCAGUUUUAAAGAUGCUGUUGUAGAUGAAUCUAAUGGGAAUGUUACUUUUUGUUCUGAUAACUUCCAGACAGUGCAACUGUUGGCCUUGAUUUUAGAGCUGCUCACUUUCUGUGUAGAGCAUCACACAUAUCAUAUCAAGAACUAUAUCAUGAACAAAGAUUUGCUGCGAAGGGUUUUGGUACUGAUGAAUUCAAAACAUGCCUUUCUAGCCUUAUGUGCACUGCGUUUUAUGAGGAGAAUCAUUGGACUGAAGGAUGAAUUCUAUAACCGUUAUAUUACUAAAGGAAACCUCUUUGAGCCAGUUAUAAAUGCCUUUUUGGGUAAUGGAACCCGAUAUAAUCUGCUCAAUUCAGCAAUAAUUGAACUCUUCGAAUUUAUCAGAGUGGAGGAUAUCAAGUCACUGACAACGCAUAUAGUUGACAACUUCUACAAAGCACUUGAACAUAUAGAAUAUGUGCAAACAUUUAAGGGACUGAAGUUAAGAUAUGAACAAGAGAGGGAUAGACUUCAAAAUCAGAAACUAAGCAGUGUGCCAUCCAUAUUGCGUAAUAACCGUUACCGGAGAGAUGCACGAGCUUUGGAUGAUGAUGAAGAGAUGUGGUUUAAUGAGGAAGAAGAAGAAGAAGAAGAAGAAGAAGGAGAAGCUCUUGUACCCCAUGUUGAGAAAUCAAAACCUGACGAUGACUAUCCUGACAGUUAUGGAAAAUUUCUGGAGACGAAAAAGGCUAAAGAAAGUGAAGACAAGGAAAACCUUCCAAAGCGAUCAUCAAGUCCCAGCUUUAAGUUUACAUUUUCACACACUUGUCCAUCCAGUACAGCAAAUGGAACCAAUGGCACCAAUGGUAAAUCAUCAGCAGCUCAGACCACUCCAGCCACUUCUACUAGUUCUUCGUCAAAGCAUACCAGUCCAACUACUGCAGUGACAACAAAGGGAGGUCUUGUGGGACUUGUAGAUUAUCCUGAUGACGAGGAAGAAGAGGAGGAAGAAGAAGCAUCACCGAGAAAACGACCUAGACUCGGCUCAUAAUCGAUGCAUUGACUUACUUUGGGAUCUGAUACAAUGGUGCAACUGUUCCAUGAGCAUCGGGUCUUAAUCAGGAAAGGCUUCUUUACUGUGAAAACAGGAGAUGCAAAUAAGGAGUAGCAAACAGUGUGCUUCAACCAGAGGGUUUGAGUUCUACAUGGCAACAGUAUGCAAAUGAAGAACUGGAUCUCUCUGGAAUAAAGUUGGAAAGGCAAACUAGCCAAUAAGGCUGGUAGGACUAGCAGUUAGUAAUUGGGAGUUGAUUGACAGUAUCCCAAAUGGGGAAGAGACUGAUUUGGGGUGGGUUAGGGAAAGCUUGAACAAGGCAGCAAAAGUUCCACCAAAUUGUUUUGGUCUUCACCAGGAAACCAAAACUGGAAUAUGCACAGAGUAUCAUUUGGAAGCCUUCACAUUCUGAAAUGAAUUAAGUGCAAUUCCACAUGUAUAUCCUCUACUUUUCCUUGUUUGCCUCCAAUUCCAUGUUUAUAUUGUGGGAAGGGAGGAAACCUGCCAAUAUAUUUCUACGUAGAAGGAUCUAAAGCUACUAUUGGGACCAUAAUGAUGAAUUGCUGUCAUGUUCAUUGGAUCUUGGUACAUCCACUGGGCCUGUUCAGCAACUUCAAAUCAAAAUGGUGAAUGGUUGGAAAAGCACAAGAGUACGUACCUCAGUUAGAUACUGUGUGACAGACAGUUUGGCCAGCCUGUAUGGUAAUAGCUGAUGCUGGUGGUUGCAGCAAAAAGGGUUAUGAGAAAAGCUACUGUUAGAUCAUUUGCAGAUUAUAUAUUGUGGAAUUUUUGGUUUGAGAUGUUCCCAGCCCGAACAUAUUACUAAAGAGAGAAAAUUUUAUCCCAUAUGAUUUUUAUGUAUAUUUUUGGCUAUUGUAUUGCAGAAUAACUUUUCAUUGUAAUUGAUAAUAAUGGAGUUACCUCUGGGGAACACUAAUUUUUACAGAAAACUGACCAUAAUGCUGGGAGCUUCCUAGAAAGCUGCACCAAAACAUGAAUUUAACUAGUCUGCCUUUGCCCUGUUAGUCACAAUUUCUUGGUGAAAUAUUAAUUAAGAUUCAAGCACAAUAAAAGGCUUGCUCAGUUCCAGAUGUUUUUAUUGCACAGUAUACUGUUUUGAUCAUUUUUAACACAGUGGUUAACGCGGGUUGUUAAACCAGCUGUAGCCAAAUCAGCCAACUGGCAAUCUGAGAUAAGCCUGAGGACAUUACAAACUGAAAUCAAACCUUUUUUUAAACAAGAGCUUUUUUUUGGAAGUCAUCCACGUCCCUUGAUAUUUUUGGAAGUUUUGUAGCUCAACGUAAACAUUCUUUGGAAGGAGUGGCCUAUCUGUCAUAUAGAUACAAAGUAUAAUUUUUCCAUAAGACAGAAGUUUAUUUUGUAUGGAUGAAUAACCACCACUGUAACUGUUAUUUUACACUGUACACAUGUUGAUAUUAAUGAGGCUAUGUAAGAUUCAGGAAUUAAAAUGUGACCUUGUAAUUCCAUAAACAUAAUGCUGUUGUGUCUAUUUUCUGGUAAAAGUAAUGAACUUUUUUGGUGCUGAAUUGUAAACUAAGAAUUAAUUAAUUGUUCCUUGGACCGUUUGUUUUAAACAAAAUAUUAUAUUUAUAGGAUUAUGCACAGUAUUUAAAAGAUAAGCCAAAGCAGAACUAAGUGUGUUUGUUAAUCAAAAUUAAUUUUCAUUUUUAUCACAUGGUUACUUUAUUUGGGUGACUGCCUAUUAUCUACUGGUUUAGUUUCCAAAUACGAUUAACUUUAAGAUCUAUUCUGUAAUUGUCUCAUUUGUUAUUUUAAUUCUGUCGGCUUCAAAUGUGAUCUCCGUCAAUUACAUUUUGCAUGCACAGCACCAAGUGUUCAUGGAUAGGAGCAGAACACUGUUUUCUGAACACGAGCAAACAAAAGUAUUUCUAAUUUAAAAAUGAAAGUGACAUUUGUGAUCAACUACAUUGUAAUUUAAAUACCAUUCACUUUAAAAAAAAUUAACUGCAAAACACAAUUUCUGAGGUUUCUUGUUAAUUUUAUAUCGAGCAACCUCAAUUUUUAAGUUUUUGUAUAUUUAAAAUAACAGCAUUUUUAACUAGCUUAUUAGCAAUGUGUUUCCCUCUGUCUUUGGAGUAUGAAUUAUUCUUUACUCUAUUGUCAUUAGUUGAACUUUCUCCCUGAACAAUUUUUGUUUAAAGGCAUUCUUAAAACAUGUGUCACUUGGAUAAUGUACUUCAACUCCAUAUUUUUAUAUCUCAAUUGAAAUAAUACUCAAACAUGCUUGUUUCAUUUUUCAUUUCUUAACACAUGGUCCACAAUUUCUCAGUUGGACAGUGUGCUGUGAGCAACAGUUUAAUAGAAUUUGUUACAUCAAUCUUUUAUAAACCAAGCAUUAGAUAAAUUCUGUUAAACUGCUUGAUAAUUAUUAGUCCAUAAAAUUAAAGACAUUUUAGCUCCAGUAGCGAAUUCUGUAGCUCGAGAUAAUGAAGUAAGUUAAAAUGAAAAUCCUGAUUAGCAUUAUCUUUUGUUUGCACUUUAAUUUCUCAUUUAUACAGUUUUCUACAUUUUAUACAAUUCUAAAAGUUAACUCGUCUUUCCAUUGCAUUCCUGUAACUUGUCAUACUAAAUUAUUUUAAUUAUUACUGCACUUUAUGGGAAGACUUUUCAGCAUUGGUUUUUCUAGUUUUAAAGAAGGGCAUUGGUCUAGGCAAUGAUUUGCGUAUUUUAGUUCUGACUGUUUUUAAUUCAUAAUAUGUUGUGCAAAUUCCAAUUUAUUUGAGUGUUUACCUGAGUACAUAUAAUUGCUUUAAAAUAUUGUGUUAUAGUUCUGUCUUAUUAGAACUGUUAAAUAUUUCCCAGUUAAAUGAUUUUUGCUGUCACAAUACUGAUCUAACAAGGGAAAUUUAUUAAAUUAUUUAAUUGAAA